GUCUUUUUUUAACUGCCGAACGUGUUCGUCUUGUAGCUAAGGCUCAAAGUUUAUAAAUGUGAUCGUCGCCCCGGCGCUUCUGUCUGUGUUGGCUGGUUGAACAGAGAGCAAUGGCCGGUCCAGAGCUCCUGCUGGACUCCAGUAUUCGGAUGUGGGUGGUCCUGCCCAUCGUCUUCAUCACCUUCUUCGUCGGGAUCAUCCGUCAUUAUGUAACCCAGCUGCUCCACAGUGACAAGAAGGUGGACCUGGAGCAGGUUUCUGACAGCCAGGUGCUCCUGCGCAGCCGCAUCCUCAGAGAGAAUGGAAAGUACAUUCCCCGACAGUCUUUUGCUAUGAGAAAACAUUACUUCAAUAACUCGGAGACCGGCUUCUUCAAGAAGGUCAAGAGGAAGGUCGUCCCCAAGAACCCCAUGACAGACACCAGCAUGUUGACAGACAUGAUGAAGGGAAACCUGACUAACGUCCUGCCCAUGAUUAUGAUUGGUGGAUGGAUCAACUGGGCUUUCUCUGGAUUCGUCAUCACCAAGGUGCCGUUCCCUCUGACCCUGAGGUUCAAGCCGAUGCUACAGAGAGGGAUAGAUCUGCUGUCACUGGACGCUUCCUGGGUGAGUUCAGCGUCCUGGUACUUCCUGAAUGUGUUUGGACUGAGGAGCAUGUACAGCCUCAUUCUGGGCCAGGACAACGCUGCGGACCAGUCGCGGAUCAUGCAGGACCAGAUGACGGGUGCUGCCAUGGCAAUGCCCCCCGACCCCAACAAGGCCUUUAAGAGUGAGUGGGAGGCGCUGGAGAUCGUUGAACACAAGUGGGCGCUGGAGAACGUGGAGGAGGAGCUGAUGUCCAAAGACCUGAACUUUGGAAACUUGUUCAGCCAGGACCUGAAGUCCACCAUGUUCUAGAACAAGGAGGAGCCGCGAGCUCUGGAACGUCCGGGAAAGGUUGUAGAACUCUGAACGUCUGUGGGCGGAGCUGAGGAGUCGAGAACGUGCGGGUUCUACGUCGAUUCUGAUGCUUCUGGAACACAAACCCUCUAAUUACAUGACGCUGUCUGAAAUCAGCCUGUUUCCUCAGACGCUUCUUUCACUUCCUGUCUUUUCAUGAGACCCCAAAUUCUAACGUGCUGCCUUCAGAAACGCUCACAGUGAAGUGUUUCAGCUUUACUCCGAGAUGUGUUCAUGACAUUAAUGCUUCAGUACAACUGAGUCGUUGUCUGAAACUUUAGUUUAUUGCUCACCAUUUACACAAAAGUAACUACAUCUAUAAAUAGGACUUUCUCCAGAGCUUUCCAACCAGUCUCAUGGUCUUCAUCAGCAGAUGGAAGCUGACGGCUCAGUCGUCAUUGAAGGUCAGCGAUCAUUCAGAUAUUUGCAGUUUUUGUGGGUUCAGUGUUCCAGAAGACAGAAGACAGACUGAAAGCUGUGCAGUUGAAAUCCUCUUGGCUCUGAAGCCCAAAGCAGACGAGUUCUAGAAAAGUUCUCGGACGUUCCAGAACACCGGCGUGUUUCAGAAACCAGCAGAUUCUGCACCAGACGAAUCCUCUCAGGAAGACGCUUCCCUCGGCGCGAUGCAGGAAUCAGACGUAGCGUUUAAAGACGACUGGGAUGUUUCGGGAGGACAGAACGGUCGGAGGAGCUUUUUAAACGACGGCAGGCGGGACGGACACUUUCCUGCCCCGAGGCCGUCCAGCCGAGGCUGCUGGAAGUGAGAGCAACAGUUCAAUAAAGGUGCCAUCACAGCUAACUGAA